AUGGCAAUCACAACUCGGAGUGGGAAAAUACUUCGAGGAGAGAAUGAACAAGUGGUCGAAGUGGAAGAUUCCGAACAAGAAGUUGAGGCACAAGUUGAGGUGCCGAUUGUUGUUGAAGCUAAAAAGGUCCCGGAAGAAGUGAAAAUUCAAGAAGUGAACCGGGAAGAGGUUAAGGAAAAGGUGAAAGAGAUGCCAAAAACUCUAGCACCAAUUCCUAGACCUCCCCCUCCUUUCCCUCAAAGACUUGCUAGGAAGGUUGAUGAUAUCAAACUUGAGAAGUUCUAUGACAUUCUCAAGCAAUUAUCGGUAAAUAUUCCAUUUGUGGAAGCAUUUCACGAGAUGCCGGGUUUUGCUAAGUAUUUGAAAGACUUGAUCACCAAGAAUGAAGUGGAGAUCCCUAUCAUCUUGGGGAGACCAUUUCUUGCUACCGGAAGAGCACUUAUGGAUUCAAAACGAAAUGAGAUCAAGUUCCGAGUUAAUAACGAGGAGGUUACCUUCCAAGCAAGCAAGGGUAUGAAGUUGCCACAUGCUUAUGAAAGCAUCUCCGUCAUUGAUGUUGUUGAUGAGGUAGAAGAUGCAAUUGAGAUGAAGAUGGAAGAUCAAUGCCUUGAGGGGUACAAGGAAUCAGUGAACGCAUUAGAAGGACUUGGGUCCUACACUUAUGCUCCAAAAAACCUUUCUCUUGACUUAGAGAAUAGAGUCACUCCUAGCGCCAAGCCUUCAAUUAUUGAGCCGCCGCAACUUGAGCUCAAGCCACUUCCACCACACUUGAGGUAUAGAUUUCUUAGCUCUAAUGACACUCUAUCGGUAAUCGUUUCUUGUUUGUUGAAUGAUGUGCAGGUAGAACAACUGUUGAAUGUCUUGAGGGAGCACAUGCAAGGUAUUGGGUGGACAAUAGCGGACAUCCGAGGGAUUCCCGCGAGAAUUUGUGAACACAAGAUACAAUUGGAGCAAGAGAGCAAACCAAGUGUGGAGAAUCAAUGCAGGUUAAACCCUUCCAUGCAAGAGGUGGUAAAGAAAGAAAUCAUCAAAUGGUUAGAUGUCGGGGUGGUCUACCCUAUUGCCGAUAGUUCUUGGGUGAGUCCAGUGCAAUGUGUGACAAAGAAAGGAGGCCUGACCAUGAUUCAAAAAGAUAAAAAUGAACUCAUUCCAACGAGAACAGUGACCGGAUGGAGGGUCAUUCUAUUGCUUCUUGGAAGGAUAUCCGGCUAUAACCAAAUCAACAUUGCCUUGGAAGAUCAAGAGAAUACGACAUUCACAUGCCCAUAUGGGACUUUUGCCUUUAGCCAUAUGCCUUUUGGACUAUGCAACGCUCCGGCUACUUUCCAACGGUGCAUGAUGCCAAUCUUCUCAGACAUGGUAGCAGAUUUCUUUGAGGUAUUUAUGGAUGACUUCUCUGUAGUGGGUGAUUCCUUUAAGCGUUGUCUUGACAACCUUAGACAAGUGCUCAAAGAUGUGAAGAAACAAACCUUGUGCUAA